UUUGUUGACUACUUUUGAGCAUUUUGGGAGUAUUUUCUGAGUACUUCCAAUUUUUCGCUCAAAAUCCCCCUGUAGGGGGACAAGCCCGACUUCACUCUACGUGUGUCUCAAGAGUUCCAAGAAGGCCCUCCGCAGCCAAUUUGAUUCGAGUCGUUGGCAUUCCGUUUUGCCCGCGCACAAGCACCUUCCUUCAUACAUCAGUUUAUACCGGACUUGCAUAGCGUCCUCUCGCCCAGGUCGCUGGGAUGCCGGCCGCUGGGAAGGCACAGUGGACCACAUAUGCGGUGGCGCUGCUCGUCCAGGGCGUCCCCAGCGUGACCGCCUUGGUGGUGCAGGUUGGCGAUGGCGUCCACCGCGACAUCUCCCAACACAGCGCCUCGCGCACGACUGCCCAGGCGCAGGUUGCGCCGCUCGACGGCGUCCUCGUGGACAUCGGCGCUACGGAGUGCCCUGCCGGGUACAGGGUCAUGACCGAGACCGAGUGCUCCUAUGGCGUUCACGUCAAUGGGGCGGAUAUCACGACUUACAGCCACAGCGGUUGCUAUCAUGACAAUGGUGGUUGGCCGGCGCAGGGCUGCUUUCUUAACGCCGGGAGUUCUACAGCAACGGUUGGCUGGUUGUACUACAGCACCUGCACUGAAUACAGUGCUUUGUCCAAGAACAACGCCUACGGCAUCUGUACGGCUGUCCAGGAACUCUUGAUCACCGUGCGGCCGUCCCAAUGGCUGAGUUUGUUGGAAGUCACGGCGUACGAUGCGGCUGGCAACACGGUCGCAGCCCUUGGGGCGUCGAUGUCUUCUACCAAGUAUUGGUAUCGUCCCGCUUCCCAUUGUAUCGAUGGGAAUCUCGGAACGUGGUGCCAUUCUGACCUGGGUGGAUCGUUGAAGAUCACGUACCCGACGACCACUAUUUCGCGCGUUGUCGUUGAUAAUUUUAUGACUUAUCCGUACAGAAUCCAGGGAGCUUCACUUAAUUUGUCCCUUGGCGGGCAGACGUUGUGGUCAGAGCAAUUCUCCGGGAUACACGCGUCGUAUGAGUUCGUGGAGCCAACGCCCAGCCCGACGCCUUUCCCGACGCCUUUCCCGACGCCCUACCCGACGACCUACCCGACAGCCUUCCCGACGCCCUACCCGACAGCCUUUCCAACGCCUGACCCGACGUUGAGCCCGACUCCAGACCCGACGCCUUACCCGACGGCUUUCCCGACGCCUUUCCCGACGCCAUACCCGACGCCAUACCCGACGUUUUUCCCGACGCUUUUCCCCACGGCUUUCCCGACGCCUUACCCGACGCUGUACCCGACGCUUUACCCGACGUUUUACCCGACGCCUUUCCCGACAGCUUUCCCGACGGCGAGUCCCACGACCAGCCCCACGCCCAGCCCCACAGCGAGCCCCACGCCCAGCCCCACGGCCAGCCCGACGCCAUAUCCGACGGCCUUCCCAACAGCGUUUCCGACGCCUUACCCGACGGCCUUCCCGACAGCCUUCCCGACACCGUACCCGACAGCCUUCCCGACGGCCGACCCGACGCCCAGCCCAACGGCCUUCCCGACGCCGUAUCCAACGGCCUUCCCGACGCCAUACCCGACGGCCUUCCCGACGCCGUACCCUACGGCCUUCCCGACUUUGUACCCGACGGCCGAUCCGACGCCACACCCGACGGCCUUCCCGACGCUGUAUCCGACGGCCUUCCCGACGCCGUAUCCGACGGCAUUCCCGACAGCGUUUCCGACGCCGUACCCUACGGCCUUUCCGACGGCCGAACCGACGCCCGACCCGACGGCCGACCCGACGUCUUACCCGACGGCCUUCCCGACGCCAUACCCGACGGCCUUCCCGACGCCGUUCCCGACGCCGUACCCAACUUCCUUCCCGACAGCCGACCCGACGCCACACCCGACGGCCUUCCCGACGCCGUAUCCAACGGCCUUCCCGACGCCAUACCCGACGGCCUUCCCGACGCCGUACCCUACGGCCUUCCCGACUUUGUACCCGACGGCCGAUCCGACGCCACACCCGACGGCCUUCCCGACGCUGUAUCCGACGGCCUUCCCGACGCCGUAUCCGACGGCCUUCCCGACAGCUUUCCCGACGCCGUACCCGACGGCCGACCCGACGCCCGACCCGACGCCCGGCCCGACGGUGGACCCGACGUUUUACCCGACGUCGUUCCCGACGCCAUACCCGACGGCCUUCCCGACGCGGCGGUGCGUCUUCGUGGCACGUCCCUUGGCACGUCGCCUGGCGCAUCCCUUGGGACGUUCCGCGGCGCGUCUUCCUGGCAUGUUCCCCUGUCACUUAGCUCUGUGGCAGCUACUAUGUGCUGAGGCAGCUCGAGCUUAAGUUCAUAUCAGUUCGGUCAGGACCCCGAUGCAAAGGAGGACUCGAUCCACAACGCGGCAUGGCACAUCGCAAUUCAGCACGGUGCUGCACAGCACAGCCCUCGGC